AGUUGAUUGUCAUGGAAAAUCAUCAUAGUAUGGAUAAGACUCUCCGACCAACCUGUUAUUUAUUUAUUUUUUGGUUUAUAAUUUUAAAUUUAAAAAUUUUGGUCAUAUCCAAUCAAUCAACGAGCCAUGAUACGCCAUUUGCCGAUUAUUGUUAAGACGACACGUUUUACAUAGCUGUAAAUGCUCGCAUGGGGGAGAAUCGAUCUUUCUACAGAUCCCACUCUACGUCCACAAAGUUCUCUAUAUCCACCACCCUGUUCUUGUCCUUUGCAUAAUCUUCAAUUUGGCAGCCAUUAGCGUUCUCUUUGUGCCAUUAUCGGUGAGUUGUUUUUGUUGAGUAUAAAUAUAAGCGGUGGUCUGGGAUUGAGGAAAAGCGGGAAAUGAGUUUCAGAGACGAGGCCGAGGAUGGGAGAGAUCUCAGGAAGCCAUUUCUCCAUACGGGAAGCUGGUAUAGGAUGGGGUCGAGGCAAUCCAGCAUCAUGUCCUCCUCGGCCCAGGUCCUUCGUGAUGGUUCCGUCUCCGUUGUCCUUUGCGUUCUCAUCGUCGCCUUGGGACCUGUCCAAUUCGGAUUCACUUGUGGGUAUUCUUCCCCAACGCAAUCCGAAAUCAUCAAUGAUCUUAAACUUUCAAUUUCAGAAUUCUCUUUGUUUGGCUCUUUAUCGAAUGUGGGUGCCAUGGUUGGAGCAGUAGCGAGUGGUCAGAUUGCAGAAUAUAUUGGCCGGAAAGGGUCGCUGAUGAUUGCUGCCAUUCCCAAUAUCAUUGGUUGGCUUGCAAUAUCAUUUGCCAAAGAUUCCUCGUUUUUGUUUAUGGGAAGGUUGUUGGAAGGUUUUGGUGUGGGUAUAAUCUCUUACACGGUACCUGUAUAUAUUGCUGAGAUUUCACCUCAAAACAUGAGAGGAAGCCUGGGGUCUGUAAACCAGCUCUCAGUGACAGUUGGAAUAGUGCUGGCUUAUUUAUUGGGACUAUUUGUCAACUGGAGAGCACUUGCAGUGAUAGGAAUUUUGCCAUGUACAAUACUGAUACCUGGCUUAUUUUUCAUACCAGAAUCUCCUCGAUGGCUGGCCAAAAUGGGUAUGACAGAGGAUUUUGAAGCCUCCUUGCAAGUUUUGCGGGGAUUUGAUACAGACAUCUCCAUCGAAGUGAAUGAGAUCAAGAGAUCUGUAGCAACAACAGGUAGAAGAACUACUAUCCGGUUUUCAGAUCUCAAGAGGAGAAGAUAUUGGUUUCCUUUGAUGAUAGGAAUUGGAUUACUUGUUCUCCAGCAACUUAGUGGCAUCAAUGGUGUUUUAUUCUAUUCCAGCAACAUCUUUGCAAAUGCUGGGAUUUCAUCAAGUAAUGUUGCAACAGUUGGACUUGGUGCUAUUCAGGUUAUUGCCACUGGAGUCACUACUUGGUUGGUGGACAAAACUGGCCGAAGGCUGCUUCUUAUUGUGUCAUCAUCCGGAAUGACUUUUAGCCUCAUCCUUGUGUCAGCCGCAUUUUUUUUGGAGCAGGGUAUUGCAUCGAAAGGUUCUCCUCUAUAUGACAUUUUGGGAAUACUUUCCCUCGUCGGGCUUGUGGCUAUGGUUAUUUUCUUUUCCCUGGGACUUGGAGCUAUUCCUUGGGUUAUAAUGUCUGAGAUCCUUCCUGUGAAUAUUAAGAGCCUUGCUGGCAGCAUAGCAACAUUGGCAAAUUGGCUGACAUCUUGGGCCAUCACAAUGACUGCAAACUUGCUCUUGAAUUGGAGUCAUGGAGGUACAUUUGCAAUUUACACCUUGGUGGCUGCUUUUACUGUUGCUUUUGUGACACUUUGGGUCCCGGAAACCAAGGGAAGAACUCUGGAAGAAAUUCAGUGGUCAUUCAGAUAAAUUUUUCGCUUAAGCACCAUAUGCAGCUUACUCUGGUUCAAAGUGCAGGCAAAGCUUUCUCGUCUUUCUAUCAUUCACGUUAAUUUCAUGUAAAGAUUUCUCUAUUAAAAGCUUUUUUGAUUGUAUGAGUUGGUCUAGACUAAGCAGAGCAAAUAGAAUUCAAAAUCAUUCAAGCAAUAUUUUUGUUUACCAGAAUGUUCAAAGCAGAUCAAUAAACAAUGAAAUUUUCAUUUUACUUAAAAAA